UCGUACUGAACCGGCCAAGACAGCAGCAUGCCUUUCGGAUUAUUGAUAAUGUUUGGCUGGAAUAUUUGGUUUAAUCCUUCAGUCCUGCUGAUCGCUUCACUGUCCGGGAUCAAGGCCAGUCGUGGUUUAGGCGGAGUGACCACUUCGCUGGAAUGCGAGUCGAUCUCGGGCUGGUGCAGCGUCGUCGACUUCGCCAUGACGGGGCGCGUUUACCGCAGCACGCUGGCCAGCUCGCACCGGCUCUGCUGGGGCGCGUGUGAGGUCCAACCACGCUGCCUCUCGGCGAACUACGCCCUGCAGAACGGCACGUGUGAACUCCUCGAUGCUGCUUACUACGAUCAUUCGGAUGACAUCAGGGAAAGGCGUGGCUGGGUGCUCUCCUACUCUCGAAAUAACACUCUUGGGUGCGGACGACGGCCAUUGCAAUCGACUCAUCAGGACAAAGAGUCAAGUGGUGCAGUGGGUUGGCCGUUGGGUACCUACGGUUUACCAAUGCCCAUCGCUGGUUGCCCGGCCAACGCCAGUUUUACCUGGCAGACUGGCUCCCGUUUUCACGAUACAGAGAACAGCGAAUCUAACAACGAGUGGUCGCCCGACAUACACCUGAAGCAGCCGUAUGAACGGAACGACAUGAUGCAACACUUUUGCAUGAAGACCGUGAAACGUUCGGGCGCCAGUGAUCGUAGCUGGCCCCCUGGCAAAUACUGCGUGUUUCGGUACGGGACGACCUGCCCAGAAGGAAUGUCGAGCGGUUCUAUAUACUGGGAUGACCAAGAUGGGGGCACCAACCGCAAGAGCGGCACCCUCCCGUCGGGAACGUACCGUGACUCCGACACUCGUAUCGAUUACUGCUGUAUGACAACCGGCGACCUAUCCCAACCCAUCGACCUCCCGUCCAGUGGGGGCUCAUUCUAUCUUUUCCCCGUCAUGUCUGAUAUGCCCGACGUACAGUGCCAGCGGGUACACGGUAUGAUUUUUUCGGUGGAAUGGUUCAAGUGGGACAACGAAGACCACCGUAGCACGUCGCCCCCGGACGGGGCACACCCGUACUACCAAAAAGUCAGCGGGCCAAAUAACUUCAAGAUUUAUUACUGCUAUUACCGAGCUCUGUAGAUCCGUUGACCGAAUGCAUAAUCCUCUUUAAGAAAAACCCUGGGUGAUAUAGUCUGAGUAUUAUCCGUUGUCAACGGAGCCCAUCUCCGGUAGAACGUCUGAAUCUAAGCAUGCGUGACGUCAUUUCAUUCCGAAAUUAGGACUAAGAUUGUGAUUGGUCAAUAGCACUGCCCGAUCAAAAGUGAUAGUCAGUCAGAGAGUCAGUACAUGUACUCAGAUAAGUAUAAGGAGGACACCAGGCCGGCUCGCGAAAUUUCUUUUCCCAAACGAGAUCGGACAAUAUCAAAAGAGGGCGCUCUCUCUGCGUUAUGACAUAUUCAUGAUGUCCAGGGAAAUUAGAGAAUAAGUUAUAUAACAAGGAAUAAUAGUGUUUAAAUCACCAAUGAUUGGCAAUUCAUUCGUGGACCGGUUUGAGGAAGUCCUGACUUCUAAUCAGGUGAUCCGAGUUCGAAUCUCAGUGAGCGCUUUUCACUUCUUCACAUUUUACCUAUUAAAUAAGUAAAGUGAUGAAGAAACAUUUCUCACAAGCCGUACAGCCUAUCUUGGGUUUGUGUUAUGGAGAACAAGGCAUUAGAUAUGCAUGUAAUGGACCAAUCAGAAGAAGGAAAGCGGAUGUCGUUUGGGAAAAAAAGAUUCGCGGCCGGCUCUCUGUGUGACGAACAAAAAGUAAAGCUGAUCAAACUCAAAUUAUAAACACAAGACAUUGCACGUUCGUCACGACAUUAUUACUGUCUUUGUUCACAGUGUUGUGCAAUUUAUUGUGACCUUAGAAAUGUAUAUACAAAGCAUGCGCUACAUGAAAUUAUUUCGUUUGAAGAAGAGAUAUCGAAGUGUUAGUUUCAGAUAUUAACAAAAGUAGUGAUGAGUUAAACAAUUUAUACAAAUAAACUUUGCACUUUUUAGUAUCUUUUGACACAAGUGAUUAACGUUAGAAAAAAAAGUGAAAAGUGUUCAUGUCACAUUUUUGUAAAAUAAUCUCUGAAUGUUUUUUUCUUAAUAAUAAAUAUAUUUAUCUUUAAAUAUCUAUGUUUAAAUGUAAACGAUGGAUCGGCUUGAAAAUUGAAAUUUUGAUUUCAUAUACAUGUAUCAUGAAAUUAACCUAAUUAUGCAGGAAAAACAUGCUAUGCCUGAAAAAAGGGUGAUUUCGAUACGUUUCUGUGAAGGUAUAGUGUUACAAAAUUUAGGGCCUUGCAACUUGUGACUGGUUACAAGUAAUCUAGGAAGAAAUUUCGAAAACAAAAUGCUUUGUUUCUGUCAUUACACGUCACAUCUAGACCUUCACAUAUUAUGUGCCAUUUCUGUGAAUUUUUUUGUCAUUUUUAGAACCGUUUUCUAUGUUGUAUAUAAAAAGAUACCAGUUAGUAGAACUUAUGCAUAACUAUAGGGAAUGGUAAGUGCCAUCACCCUCUAAAUAUCU